AUGGGGGAGAUGGAUGCUUCGUGGGGAUUCGAAGAGUACAAUAAUCAAAAUCAUGAAGUGGAGCAACUGAAGCAGAAGCUUCUGUUCACCACUCUGGAACUAGAGAAGCUGAGAUCAGAAGCAAUGGAACAAAUGAGGCAGAACAAGGCGUACGUUAGCCAUUUGAUCAACCUGCUAAAAUGCGCAUUCCAAGAAAGAGACGAUGCCAAAACCCACCUCCAAAAGCUCCUCAACAACAACAAUAUUACCAUAAUGCCACCACAAGCCAACUACAUGAAUCCCUCGUUUCGGUUACCCGAAACCCCACUUCCGAAACCCGUAAACGAAAACCCUAAUUCGAGCGUGACGGGAUCGAACAGUGUGGCGUCCCUUUUCGACCCGGUUUUUUCCCCCGAUUUUUCGAACAUUUUGGUUCAAGAAUGUUGUAACAAAGUCGACGAGGGCAAUUUGGUAAUUGACCGCCUCGUGAAGGGGAAGCCGUUGCCUAAGAGGGGGAAGUUCCUGCAGACCGUUGUAGAGGCGGGCCCGCUUCUUCAGAAUAUUCUUGUGGCGGGCCCGCUUCCUACUUGGCGGAAUCCACCUCAGCUUUGCCAAGGUGGCGAUGUCAGCUUUUAUCAGAAACCGGCGACAAAUGUCACCCCGUUAUUGGCUCGUGGGAGCAAAUGCAAUGCUUCAUUGAUAUCUUGUGGUUACUAG